CGGACCGGCAGGCUAGGCCCUCCCGGUGAUUAAAGGCCCGCGGAGCCCGGGGGCGGAGCCGAGGGCGCGGACCGGCAGGCUAGGCGCUCCCGGUGAUUAAAGGCCCGCGGAGCCCGGGGGCGGAGCCGGAGCCGCGGACCGUCAGGCUAGGCCCUCCCGGUGACUAAAGACCCGCCGAGCCCGGGGGCGGAGCCGGAGCCGCGGACCGUCAGGCUAGGCCCUCCCGGUGAUUAAAGGCCGGCGGAGCCGAGGCCGCGGACCGGCAGGCUAGGCCCUCCCGGUGAUUAAAGGCCCGCGGAGCCCGGAGGCGGAGCCGAAGCCGCGGACUGGCAGGCUAGGCCCUCCCGGUGAUUAAAGGCCCGCGGAGCCCGGGGGCGGAGCCGAGGCCGCGAACCGUCAGGCUAGGCCCCGCCGGUGAUUAAAGGCCCGCGGAGCCCGGGGGCGGAGCCGAAGCCGCGGACCGGCAGGCUAGGCCCUCCCGGUGAUUAAAGGCCCGCGGAGCCCGGGGGCGGAGCCGAGGCCGCGGACCCGCAGGCUAGGCCCCGCCGGUGUUUAAACGCCCGCGGAGCCCGGGGGCGGAGCCGAAGCCGCGGACCGUCAGGCUAGGCCCUCCCGGUGAUUAAAGACCCGCGGAGCCCGGGGGCGGAGCCGAAACCGCGAACCGUCAGGCUAGGCCCCGCCGGUGUUUAAACGCCCGCGGAGCCCGGGGGCGGAGCCGAGGGCGCGGACCGUCAGGCUAGGCCCUCCCGGUGAUUAAAGACCCGCGGAGCCCGGGGGCGGAGCCGAAGCCGCGGACCGUCAGGCUAGGCCCUCCCGGUGAUUAAAGACCCGCGGAGCCCGGGGGCGGAGCCGAAACCGCGAACCGUCAGGCUAGGCCCUCCCGGUGAUUAAAGACCCGCGGAGCCCGGGGGCGGAGCCGAAACCGCGGACCGUCAGGCUAGGCCCUCCCGGUGAUUAAAGACCCGCGGAGCCCGGGGGCGGAGCCGAAACCGCGAACCGUCAGGCUAGGCCCUCCCGGUGAUUAAAGACCCGCGGAGCCCGGGGGCGGAGCCGAAACCGCGAACCGUCAGGCUAGGCCCCGCCGGUGUUUAAACGCCCGCGGAGCCCGGGGGCGGAGCCGAGGGCGCGGACCGUCAGGCUAGGCCUCCCGGUGACUAAAGGCCCGCGGAGCCCGGGGGCGGAGCCGAAGCCGCGGACCGUCAGGCUAGGCCCUCCCGGUGUUUAAAGGCCCGCGGAGCCCGGGGGCGGAGCCGAGGCCGCGGACCGUCAGGCUAGGCCCUCCCGGUGUUUAAACGCCCGCGGAGCCCGGGGGCGGAGCCGAGGGCGCGGACCGUCAGGCUAGGCCCUCCCGGUGUUUAAAGGCCCGCGGAGCCCGGGGGCGGAGCCGAAACCGCGAACCGGCAGGCUAGGUCCCGCCGGUGUUUAAACGCCCGCGGAGCCCGGGGGCGGAGCCGAGGGCGCGGACCGUCAGGCUAGGCCCUCCCGGUGACUAAAGGCCCGCGGAGCCCGGGGGCGGAGCCGAAGCCGCGGACCGUCAGGCUAGGCCCUCCCGGUGACUAAAGGCCCGCGGAGCCCGGAGGCGGAGCCGAGGGCGCGGACCGGCAGGCUAGGCCCCGCCGGUGUUUAAACGCCCGCGGAGCCCGGGGGCGGAGCCGAAGCCGCGGACCGGCAGGCUAGGCCCUCCCGGUGACUAAAGGCCCGCGGAGCCCGGGGGCGGAGCCGAGGGCGCGGACCGUCAGGCUAGGCCCCGCCGGUGUUUAAACGCCCGCGGAGCCCGGGGGCGGAGCUGAAGCCGCGGACCGUCAGGCUAGGCCCCGCCGGUGUUUAAAGGCCCGCGGAGCCCCACUCCUCGCAGGCGCUAUGCUGCUCCGGACGUCCCGGACACUGUCCGGCGUUCGCCGUCUAAGUCGACCCUGCAGCGGAGCCCAGACGCCCGCCAUCUCGCCCAGCAAGCGCGCCCGGCCUGCGGAGGACGGCGGCCCGCGGCUCCGCUUUGUCCGGCUCUCGGAGCACGCUACGGCCCCUACCCGGGGCUCCGCGCGGGCGGCGGGCUACGACCUGUACAGUGCCUAUGAUUACACGGUUCCAGCCAUGGAGAAAGCCCUGGUGAAAACGGACAUUCAGAUCGCCCUUCCUCCUGGGUGUUACGGAAGAGUGGCUCCACGUUCUGGUUUGGCUGCAAAACACUUCAUAGAUGUAGGAGCUGGUGUCAUAGAUGAAGAUUAUAGAGGAAAUGUUGGUGUCGUGCUGUUUAAUUUUGGCAAAGAAAAGUUUGAAGUCAAAAAGGGUGAUCGAAUUGCACAGCUCAUUUGUGAACGAAUUUUUUAUCCAGAAAUAGAAGAAGUUCAAGUUUUGGAUGACACCAAAAGGGGAUCAGGAGGUUUUGGUUCCACUGGAAAGAAUUAAAACUUAUGCCCAGAAUAGAUAAAUGUACCUUUUUUUCCCUUUAAAAUAAAGAAUUUUCACUUAAA